UCGCUCCUCCCGCCACUUUUACGCGGCUCGCGGCGCAUUGUUGCAGAUUUGCUUGGUUGACAUCUUUGACAUCCGAGUCUUGAGUGAAGUGACUUAUUUUCUCUGCGCGCUGGUCAGUUUUUGCUGUCUAGAAGCAACUCUUAGUUGUCGUUUGCCAGUGCCUGGUUGUGUUUCUCUGACUUGCUCCAUCCUUCCUUCUAACAUGGAUCUCUCCGAAGGAGCCUUGGACACCAUCAUGAAUGGGGGUCAAAUAGAUGAACCAAUCAUGCAAAUUCUGGGUAGCAAAAAGAUAUCAGGCGCUGGUGACAAUGAGCGUUAUCGCCUCCUGGUGUCUGAUGGGGUUCAUGUCAACAGUUUUGCCAUGUUGGCAACACAACUGAAUGACAAGAUUCGUAAUGGGGACCUUGGUGACAAUACCAUUGUCCGCAUUAAAAGAUACAUUACAAGUGUUGUGCCUAACUCUGGCAAAGGAGAAAAACGGGUCAUGAUAAUUCUUGAUGUAGAAGUGGUCUCGCCUGGAAGUGAAGUUGGAUGCCGCAUUGGUAAUCCCGUGUCCUGGAGUCCAGAGGGUCAGGCUCAACCUCCUGCUGCUGCUGCUGCCCCUGCUGCAGCAGCACCUCCAAGCAGACCAGUCAAUGGCCAAGCAAGCAGCUCCAACUCAGCUGCCCCUGCCCCAGCGCCGAAGCCUGCGUUCUCUACACCCCCUAAAGCACCAGCAGCUGUCAAUGGAGGAAACCGAGGCGGUUUUGGUGGUGGCUAUGGCAACAACAUCAGAUCACCAGGCCAUGGGAUGGGUGGAAUGGAGCUUACACCCAACACUCAUUCGCACCCCAUUGCAAGUCUCACACCAUAUCAAAACAAAUGGGUCAUCAAAGCCAGAGUUACCUCAAAGGGCCCGAAACGAUCUUGGUCAAAUGCUAAAGGAGAGGGAUCCUUGUUUUCUUUCGAUUUGGUUGAUGAUUCAGGAGAAAUUCGUGUCACUGCAUUCCGUGAACAAUGCACCAAGUUUCAUGAUAUGAUUGAGGUUGGAAAGGUGUACCUCAUUACUAAGGGAACUUUAAAGACAGCCAACAAAAUGUAUUCAAACUUGAACAAUGAUUAUGAAUUGAAUUUAAAUAAUGAAUCUCAAAUCCUUCCUGUUCCUGAAGAUGAUGAUGGUGUUCCCCAGAUCAAGUUUAACUUUGUACCCCUUGAUCAAAUUGAGAUUAUAGAGCCUAACAUGCUAGUUGAUGUGAUUGGAGUUGUAAAGACUCCAGGUGAAGUUACAACAUUUACUUCAAAAUCAACUAACAAGGAGUUCAAGAAACGCGAAGUGACCAUAGUCGAUAAGACCAACACAGCUAUUCACCUGACCCUAUGGGGAUCACAAGCUGAGGAGUUUGAUGGCUCUAACCAACCUGUUGUCGCUGUUAAGGGCGGCAAAGUGAAUGAGUUUGGUGGGGGCAAAUCUGUUUCUCUUCCUGCAUCUGCCACAUUCCUAGAAAAUCCAGACAUUCCUGAGGCUCACCAGCUGAAAGGCUGGUACGAUGGUGAUGGUUCUAGUGCUAACUUCAAGCUACUCUCACAGCGGACCGGCGGUACUGGAAUGGGAAGUGAUGCUGAUCUAAUUACAAUUAAGGAAGCUCGUGACAAAGGGCUGGGUAGUGGUGGCAAAACUGAGUACUAUUCCACAAAAGCCUCUAUUGUUAUGAUUAAAAGUGAAAAUGCCAUGUACAAUGCUUGUCCUGGAGAAAACUGCAACAAGAAGGUCAUUGAUCAGCAAAAUGGUCUCUACCGCUGCGAGAAAUGCAACAGAGACUACCCUAAUUACAAGCCUCGUCUCUUGCUUUCGAUGAAUGUUGGUGACUGGUCAGACAACACUUGGGUAACCCUUUUCCAAGAACAAGCUGAAGAAGUUCUUGGGCAAACAUCUGCAAGCUUAGAUGAGUUGAAGACUAGUAAUCCUGAAGCAUAUCAGCAGAUUUUCCAACAAGCUACCUUUAAAUCAUAUGUGUUUAGAAUGCGUGUUCAACUUCAGGCUUACAACGAUGAGACCCGGCUGAAAACAAAUGUCUACUCCGUAAAGAAGAUUGAUCACAAGAGUUACUGUGAAAGUCUUCUUUCCCAGCUGAAGGAGAUUGAAGGCAUGGGAGAGGCUUAAUUUUUUAUUGCUUUGUUUCUUUUUUAUUGCAUUAAUUUUAUACUUGUCUAACAUUGGUCAGAUUAUUUGUUCGAUGUGACCGCUAAUAUUUCACUUACAUGCAUGGCGUCUCGAUUAAGGCAGAUACACUCUUUUGUUUUAUGUUCCUAUUAUUUGUCUCUUAAAAUCAAUUGAUGUGGAUGGAUCAUUGUGUAAUUUUCAUAUGCACUCAUCAAAUAAAUCUGUUUAGUUUGCAAUUA